AAAACGUCCAAACUGUUAGCCAAAUUAUCGACAGUCGAUUUUGACUAACAGUUUGAGCAUUUUGAGUUUCAUUUUUUCUCCGACAGAGGCGCAUUAAGAUUAAAUUGAGGAGCUUUUCCCGAUAAAAAUGAGUUCAAACUCGAAUGUAAUUAGACAUUUUUCAUUGAUAAGUAAUGUUAUGAAAAAAAUAUAAUAUUUUCGAAGAACGUUCUAAUGAUAUCGUGUUUAUACUCAUUUUCAUCGUGAGUAACUCCUCAGUCCUUUCGUAAUAUUUUUAUGAAAGUAUAUUGAAAAAUGUAAAAGUUUAAAUUUGUAUUCGUUUGUAAUUCCCCAUUUGCUUACAUUAUAUGCUGUUGACGAUCGCUGGGUCUUUGAUAUUCAAGGCUAGGUGUUCGGCUAUGGAUGAAACUCUGCGAGGAACAAGGGCGUUGGUUUCCAGUUCAUAAGGGAAAUGUUUAGGUUUAGACUUACCUUUUGGAAACUUACGAUUUUUACAUUUGAGAUUCAUUCAUUGCAUUAUGGCGUGAAAUGUACGUGAAAUAACGAAGGUUUUGGAAAUAAUUUGCUAUAUAUUUUCGAAUAUAGUGUUUUAUUAUUAACAAAACAUUCCCAAACGAAAAUGUUGAAACCAUUGUAUAGUUCGUUUUGCAGAGCUAAUCUGGAAAAGUUGCAUUAUUGGUGGAUGUGCCCAUCUAAUGCAUUCUCCAAAUCUACAACAGGAAAAUUGACACAAGAUAGCGAUGAAAAAAUAGUAUCUAAAAAUGAUGAUGAAACUGUCAACUCUAUGGAUAAGUUAUCAUUAAAUAAUAUCAUGAUCGACAUAGAAAAGAAAGUAGUUAAACAAAAAAAGAAGCGUAAGCAAACAAAACUUAAGACAACACCUAAAAUAGUAAAACUGGAGAUGCCAAAAACAGUAUUAGCAGUUCACGUUGGUGCUACUAUGCUAAGCUGGACGCUUCUAGACUGCAAUUACAAUGUGUUGGAUGUGAACUGGCAUCGUUGGAAUAAUCAAGCAAAUUUGUAUGAUUUAAUAACUUUAAUAUCAGCUAUAACUCCAACUAUACCUAUAGCUGCUACAUAUAUAGUAGAAGAUACUUAUAUUCCACAUAAAGGAUCUUCCAUUCAAAGAUUACUUAUUCAGCAACAACUGGGUGUUUCUAUAAUGUCUUGCAUUUUGUUGAGAGAGAGGCUAUUAUCAGAGUCAUUGGAAUCGACAAACAAUAUAUACGUAUUGCACACUUACUUCGCAGCAAAAUGGUUCGGCUUAAUAGUUGGACAGGAAAUAGUAUCAUCCGAAUAUAUUAUGAAGAAGCUAUUGGAUGUAUCUGCACAGAGAGAUAAUAAACUACAUGUAUCCAUUAACUCGGAGCUUAAAUUCAAGUAUAUGAAGUUGCCAGACGUCGAACGAGACCAAGUCAGUUGGUCCUUGUUAAAAGCUGUAUCAUUUUUGCAUACAAUCGAAAAGAAAAAAGAAAAAGAAAUAAAGUAAAUAAUGUAAAUAAUGAAUAAAAAGUAAACAAUGAAUUAACACCUUUUUUUUUUUUUACAAAACAAAUUCAUUAAAGAACCAUAAGAACGAAGCGAUAUACAAAACCGACUGAGAUUACAAAGUUGAUUCAGUAAGUGGUAGCCAAUGUUACCAAGGAUAAAACUGAAAGAAAGCUAGGAUUUGUGUAUGGAGUAACACGAGGUGGGAGUACAGGUCCAUUCAUUUAUUAUAUAUUAAUUUUCAUUAUACUAUCUAUUCAUAGUACACUGUACGUCUAAUGUUUCUCGCUUCUCGAAUACGAACUCUCCUCGGGCAAAUAAACAGACAAGUAACGUUUCGUCGCAAUGUUAGGCGGCGUAUGUAUGAUGUAUGUAUGUGUAUAUAUAUAUAUGCACACACCAUCGUAUGAAUACCAUAUUUGAGUAAGUAUACGAGAGCAAGAUGUCAGAGUAGUGACUGUUUCGUGAACAUAUAGUCAACGAAUUUGUACGAUCAACUAAAAAGUACAGGUCUCGCACGAUAUCUCUGCACCGAAACUGGCGAAGUCGUCAAAUCAGGUAAGGCUCGUCGAAUAAGAAAAUGAUAGUAAUCGCCGCUACUUAAUCCGGCAGUGAUGCUGUAUAAGAAGCUUCGUUAACUACGUAUCGUCGUCUAAUCGAGCACGGGUCAAGGAUACCGCAUGGUUCUUCGCCGAAAUUUCGCCUCUUCACAUCAUGGACCAGCACUUGCACGUGGCAACAUGUUUGAACGGGAACCAAGGAGACGAUGUUCAUCGACUCGCCACGGAAACGUGAAUGAAUCAGUAUCACUUGGUACAAUCAAAUUUAUCAACAUUUGCUGAGUCAAUUAGUCUAAUAUGUGUAACUUAAGACUGCGGAUAUUUGCAAAAAUUGAAGCGUCUACACAAAAUGAAUCAAUAAAGUAGACGAUACUCUGACGACCUGUGCGCUUAAUUAGCCAGCCAGUGCUUAUCAGCCAGUAACAUACUACUUUUCGUUAUGAUAGGACCAUAUUCUGAAGUUUAAGCGAGAAAGUAAUUUUACUAUUAACAAUUAUGUGUACACUGGACAACUAACUGCAGUUAGCGUGUACUCAAUAAAUCCGUAAAAUCAGCAGUCUGUAAGGUAAACAUGGGAAUCGGUAGCAACGGAGUCAUAUAUGUACUUUUAACAAAUUUUGUAUAAAUUAAGAACGACUGAAACAGUUAUAUUUUCUCAUUUUGUUUUUAGCGUCGUUUUGGUAUUGCCCAAUUAAAAGAGGAUUAUUGGAGCCUCGGAACUCUAUCGGUGGUAUAGAAAAACGGAAAACAGUCCGCAAAGAACAACAAUACAACUCCGAUUCUCGUGUCCAAAGAAUGGCCCAAUGAAAAAUUCCCCGAUGCUCAUUCAUCACGUUUGCCGUUCUCGCGCGACCGCUUAAUCGUGCCAAUGAAUCUACAACGAAAAGCAUCAUCAACCGCUCGUUCUUCGUCUUACUUCGGUUGCCAAAAGGAUUACGAAUUCACUAAACUGUCGUCGACAUGACAGUGUAUACUAUACAAUAAACUAUACGUGAUUGCACACGCGCCACUCUCUCGUGUUAGAAUUCUGUUUUAUCUCACAAUCGCAUCGCUGCCAGGUUAACGUAAUUUUAUAAUUAUUUAAAGUAAUACCCGAUCAGACAAGCUGGAAACGAGUCUCGACAUAUAUAUGUAUAUCGACAUAUCUAAUAUAUAAUUCUGUGUAUAUAUAAUAUAUCUAUAUGUAUAUAUACGUA